CAGGUUGGAAGAUGGUGGGGGGACGCAGCGAGAGCAUCGCCAAUCAGGGCGAAGAUGCGCACUGGAGAUGCGCGAAGAACUAAAAUUGGUCUUUUCAUAGUUAUGGAUGGUUAUGGACUCUGCUGAACUGCGAAUUUUUCCUUUAUUAUUUUUAGGAUAAGUGAUGUGCAGCAUAAUGGAUUCAGUAGCUGAUACACUUGGUAUAGAUAAAGUAAAUAUGGAUGGAAAAGUAAUUCUAAUUGAAGAGCAGCAUUAUAGCAAUGCAAAUUUUUUAUCAAGUGCAAUUAUCUCAGAUGCAUUAAAGAAAGAUUAUAGAAUUUGUUUUGUACUUUUCCAUAACACUUUCAACCAUUACCAUAAUGUGGGUAUGAAAUUUGGUUACAAUCUUUCAUUAUUAAAAGAAAAAGGCAAGGUUACUUUUAUCGAACCAAUAAAAAUUAAUGCACCUGACAUGGAGACAAUAAACAAAGUAAUUGACAAUUUAUUUAUUACUAUUAAAAAUGAAUACAAUGAAAUGAAGAAAGAUAAUAAACCUGUAAUUAUUAUAAUUGAUGAUUUAAGCCAUCUUUAUAAUUUUGGACUUAAUUUGAAGCAAUGUAUGUAUUAUAUAAGAUGUUUAAGAUCACUCAUUGAACAUGACAAGACUGCUCAGCUUUGUGUUAUGACACAUACUUAUAAGCACGAAGGUUCUGAUACAUUUGUAGAUAUUCUGAAAUAUAUGGCUCAUUUAUUUGUUAUGGUUGAACCUUUGAAAACAGGAUAUUCCAAUGAUGCAACUGGAAUAAUGACAAUUAAUUGGAGAGUUGAUCCUAUUAGAAGGAAACAUAAUUGGCCAGAAGUAGCUAAAUAUGUAUAUAAAUUAUCAGAUCGUCAAGUGCAAAUUUUUGCAUCUGGUAUAUGAAGGGUGUAAAAUACAUUUAAGAAAGGACGUCGUUUGAAUACAGUAGAUUCAAUAAAUGCGAAGAACUCGAUCCCACCGCUGGGAGUAUACCCCUUAAGACGCCGCAAAGUUCGCUUGCCGAGUAGUGUAACAUGAUCUGGGAUCAGAUAUAUCACUGAGGUAAUACUAAUGCAACAACCUAACUUUGUUAUUUUUCAUUUUUUUUUUUUAUAAAACUUUAACUCUUAAUUUACAUUUCUUACUUGGCUAUAUGCCGAUUGGCAAGAGAAUUACAAAUACUUACCGCUUGGUAAUAACAUGUUAAGCUAUUUUUAACAACGAAAUGUCUACUUUUUGAAUACAAGGAAUAUUUGGUAUAAUAAUCAUACGUUAUUAAUAUCAAGCUCUAAGUUUAACUUGUAUUAAAAACAGACACGAAUGUUGUACAAAAAUUAAUAUAUUUUACAUGAAGUGCAAUAAAAAAGCAACAAUUAUACAAUGGAGAAAAAGCAA